AGGGCUUUGACUUCGUGAACGGAUUAGACGUGCAGAGCUAUCUGACCUAUGGAAGUUAAUUGUGUGCCCGUCAACGCUGACUAUAAGUUGGCAUCACUUGGAGUGAGCACAAGAGUAUCCCUCCCCUGUGACUUACCCAAGACCAUCUUCUUUACCCAACGCAAGAAACCAUGAGCCUCCCGACACCACCAUCACCACUUCUCUCCGAUACCUAUGAUGCUACUCAAAAAGGUCCCACCAAGAGCCUGGGCGAGCUGUUCGCUGACAUCGCCCGCCAACUCCCCGACCACGAGGCAAUCGUCGCGCUCCAUGGGGUCGAUCGUUUGAAGAUUGGAGAUAGCGAGCCAGCGUCGAGCGUCAUCGGAGAGCAGCAGUAUCCUGUCCGGUGGACCUUUGCUCAAUUACACGAUGCGAGUUGUCGUCUGGCAACCAUCAUAUCUAAUAACGGCCUGCGCCCGGGCGACCGUGUGAUGACCUUCAUGUCCAACGAAGCUGAAUACGCGCUGCUCUUCUGGGCAACGAUAAAUUUGGGCUGUCAAUUCGUGCCGAUGGACCCGCGGGUACUCGAUCACAUCACCGACGAGUCGGUUCAACUCCUUGAGCGACUUGAUCCCGCGGCCAUCGUGGUGUCGAAUCAGACCAUGGCGAUACAGGUAGAUGAGGUGGUAAAGAAAACGGACAGCUGCCGUCAUCGUCGUUGCGGCGAUAGGCGGCGGGAAAUCAUCAAGUACAGCCUUGGGGAAUGCCAUGAGGCUACUACUGGGGACUGGAAAAUGUUGACAGCCGCAGAGCUGGAGGCAGCAGGCGGCUGCAGCAAAGCAUGUCCAACUUCUCGCCCCGUCAACGAGACAUGCCUCAUCCUCCUCACAAGCGGCACCGAAUCCCUGCCCAAAGUCUGCGCACAUACGUCAAUGACUGUUGGCGCGCCCGCCCUGACCCUCAUGGAACAAUGGAAGCUGCGGGCUGGGGAGGACGUCCUCUGCCAACAUCUCCCGAACUUUCAUAUCUUCAGUAUCUUGCUGCAGGUCAGCUUCUGGCUGGCAGGCGCGACAGUGCUGAUCCCGAGUGCGACGUUUGACGCGGCCAAGUCCCUUGACGCUUGCUUCUGGUGCCCUCGACGAGUCCAUGUUGCAUGCGUGCCUACAAUGCUUCGGGCGUUGGCUGCUGUCUCGGAAGGCGAAGCAGCGCCGCUGGCGGGAGCAGAGCGACGAUCACCAUAUUCAAUCAUUCUAGGCGGUGCCCCGAUAACCCAGGAUAGCUUGGAACUUGGCAAGGGGUUGGGUGCCCAGCACGUGGUUGCUGGGUACGGCACUACCGAGGGAGUGGGAGCACUCAUGAACACAAUGAGUGUUUCCACCAUCGUAGGGAGAAAACAAGGAAAAGCAACUGGAAAAAGUGAUGGUGAUGGUGAUGAUGUUUCCCUGGGCAAGGUUCAAUCGGGCGCCGGGAUCCGUGUUUGCGGUCAUCAGAGCCGAAUGCCCCUGCCACGUGGACAGGUCGGCGAAGUUCAUCAAGGCGGCCUCCCAUUGAUUGCUGGGUACCUGGACGCCACAUCCAGUGAGGCGAGUAGCUCCUUCUACGAGCGCAACGGAGUCACUUGGAUGGCGACAGGUGACCAGGGAUACAUGGACGCGGAAGGCAUUGCGGCCGCAUCAGUAGUCGGGGUGCCUGAUACCGUGGCCGGCGAAGUCCCUGUGGCUGUCAUUAUCCGAGAUAAUAACCAUCCCGAGUCCCAUAUGACUACGCAAGAGAUUCAAGAUGCGGUUUGCAGGAACCUAGGCAGGGCUUUCUCGCCAUAUCUGGUCCUAUCUUUGAACGAUAACCUAGGACAUGAUCGAUUCCCCACGACAAGGACCGGUAAAGUGCGAAAGGCUGAGCUCCGUGGAUGGGUGGAGGACUACCUAACGGAGUCUUCAAAGGAGCUCCAGGCAUCUCAAGGCCCUGAGUCCGGCACGGCGCUAGAGGAUCUCACUAGGUGUCUCGCGCGAAUCGCCGGAAUCAGUACGAACCAGAUUGACUGUGACAUCCCGAUUCGUGCCUAUGCGGAUAGUAUCAUGAUCAUGCAGUUCUUCCAUUUGGUGCAGCAGAAGGGUCUCGGUCGCCUCACGCAGCAGGACCUCGCCCAUCACAGCACCAUUCGUAAGCAGGUCAACCUGUUGCAGUCUUGCAAGUAUCAGACGAGUACCGGAAGCAUUUCGCCAGCUGGAAAUUCGGGCAAUAGCGGAUGGACACUGUCAUAUUAUGACCAAUGUCUUCAGCUGCCAGAUCUCGAAGAGAAGGUCCUCCAGAAACUGCAGCCUCUGGGGUUUGGCCCGAGGGAUGUCGAAAGCGUGAUUCCCACGACAGACUACCUACAGCGGUUCGCACGGGACCAGUCCCGGUCAAAUUCGUGGAGUAUGCGGGCGGCCUGGCUGGCGCAAGAUUCGUCACUCACCCCCAACGGAUUGGAAUCUAUCCUUGAACUCUGGAUCCAGCGACAUCCCUUGUUGCGAGCGACAUGCAUCACCUACGACGAAGAACGGGAAUUGUAUCUCGUGAUGCAUCCGAGUGAUCGAUGGUUGCGGCUGCAGAUCAGCCAUGAUGACCUAGUGGUGGAGAAUGCGCAAGCGCUGCAAGACUAUCGAAUGAAUGAUCCUGCCUUCGACUGGGUGAACGUAGCCACUGGACCGCCGUUCAAGGCGACAAUCCUAAAGACCCGGGAGGGCCUCGCCGGAGUUAUCAUGCACUUUCACCACGCUGUAUUCGACGGGUUCUAUCUGUUCUCGCUGGCCCGUGACUUGCAGGAGCUCCUCAGAAGUACAGAGAGUCGAGGUAGCUCUUCCAGCAUGAUCUCAACGGUCCCGUUCCCGACAUUUGCUCGCGCCUUUCAUGCAUACAGAAUGACCCCUGAAGCCCAAAGGUCAGUGGACUUCCACGUGAAGCGGCUUCAAGGUCUGGCCGCGACGCCGGACUCGUUGUGGCCCCCACAGAAAGCGCCAGGGUGGAUGAAAGGCGACUGGCAGGACUGGGCUGCAUCGUGUUCCGACAGCGGCAGCAACAAUUUGUUCGGUCCCCGCGAGGCCCUCGACGGAGACCAAGGCCGGGGCACUGAAGGAAUAACGCGAACCCUCCACCUCCCCGAGUUGUCUUUGAUGCGGAGGCAGUUUGGGUUCCCGGCCUCGACCAUCGCGAAGUGUGCGUGUGUGAUGAUGAACUGGCGGCUCACGGGGAGCGAAGAGGCCGUGUUCGCCGGAGUUGAUUCGGGACGGCACUGGCCCAUGGCUCUGGAACCAUCGUCGACAUCACCCUUAUCAUCGGAUGUUGGUGAUGCACUUCGAGUAGAUGGUCCCACGAUGACCUUCUACGUAAAUCGGAUCGGUCAAGCCCCCAACGAAACUGUGUAUCAGCUCCUGUCUCGUGUUCAAAGCGACCAGGAGGAGUUGUCGGCCCACGCGCACGCCCCGCUCAACGACAUCAAGGCCCGAUUGCGUGCGGCUGGCGCUUCUGGCGCCGACGACUUGAGGGUGGCUGACGACGUCCUGCAUCGCCAAUCUUUCAACUGGCUGCUGGAGCAGUACGAGUCUUCCGCCGAUGACAAAAGCGAUCGACUCCGGCUGAUGGAUAACAUCUCACGCACGGACCUGGGCUUCAUGUGGUAUCCGAGCUUGGGACCGGGAGAUGUUCUGUCGUUGAACGUGACGUGGGAUGAUGCGCAGUUGAGGAACCAGGAGGUCCUGGAUAUCACGACGGAGUAUAUGUGUGCGGCCGCCUGGAUUGCGGAUCCCGCCAAUGUCAAUCGAUUGGUUUCGGAGUGUCCUUUUGCAGGUGACUAUGCUAUCACUUACUGGGUUCCUGAGAGGAUCAGACGGUAA